AGGGACCAGCGGAUGUCAACCGUCUCUGACCAUAGCAACGCUUUACGACAGUUCUCCGCCAUUUACGGCACAAACACAUGCACGCUUGCUUGAGCGACGAAAACAUGAGAGGUCAAAAGUUAUGAUCCUGAUCUUCAGCAGAAACGGAACGUAACACACAGACAUGGUAGGUGGGACUUGGUAUUUACUAACUGUAACGAUAAUCUGACAACGAUUGCAUGACCGGGAGUCUGCCGAAAAGUUAUUUAACGUUAAUUCUAAACGGCUAAGCUAAUGCUAGCUGUACUCGACUGCAUGACCCAACACGACCGUCGCGACGUGACCAAACUUACAAAACGUUUACUUUACCGCAUUGAUUAGCCAGCUAACCGACGUCAGUGUGGCCAGUUCCAUGGUGGCAGUGGGACUGGCUCUGGCAGCAGCUGGAUUUGCAGGUCGCUAUGCCAUGCAGGCCGUGAGGCAGAUGGAGCCUCAGGUGAAACUGGCCCUUCAGAGUUUCCCUAAGACGGCUUUUGGAGGAGGGUACUAUCGAGGAGGAUUUGAUCCUAAGAUGACAAAGAGAGAAGCUUCCCUGGUUUUGGGUGUCAGUCCCACAGCUAACCCGAAUAAGAUCAGAGAGGCACAUAGAAGACUGAUGAUCCUGAACCAUCCAGAUAGAGGUGGAUCUCCCUAUCUUGCAGCGAAGAUAAAUGAAGCAAAGGAUUUAAUGGACGCCCAGACAAAGAAAUAGAACAUGCCGGCUUAUCCAUGCUGUUGCACUGACUGACUUAAGCGAUUAGCAGACUUUUGUAACGGAUUCUCAAAUAAAAUCACACUGUAUAUAAAUUGUUAA